AUGGCCAACGCAGAAGCUAACCGUCUGUAUUUUGACUCAGUCUCGGACUCAUAUGACAGCAAACCCUGGUUCGCAAAAGUGAACCAACAAGUCGCAGACUCCCUUCGAUCAGACCUCAGCUGGGUGGGCAUCCCGUUUGCCAAUACAGGCUCUCCCUCCGACGCGACUGAAGUACGCUUGCUCGACUAUGCGUGUGGAACGGGCUUAAUGACGCGGGUAUUUGGACCCUACGUCACCAAGACUCAGGGCAUCGACGUCUCCCCCAACAUGGUCUCAUCAUACAACAACCGUGCCCGCGAAGCCAAUCUCUCCGAAGCUACCGUCAAUGCCGUUGUCGGCAAUCUAUUCGACAAGUCAGACCCCUCCCCGUCGGCAUUCUCAGGCCCAGAGUGGCAGAACUUCGAUCUAGCGACUGUCGGUUUCGGAUUCCACCAUUUCGAGGACGUUGUGCACUCGGCUCGGCAAUUGAAAGAACGACUCAGGCCAGGCGGGGUGCUCGUCAUCAACGAUUUCCUUGAGGGAGGCGAUCUGCUGGCAGAUGAGAACGGUGAUCCACUUCCGGACUCGCAAGGCACCCACGCCAUUCAUAAUCACAACCAUGGGCACGGCCAUGAUCAUGAUCGUAAGGAGGAGCACAAACAUGAGCACAAGCAUGAGCACGAGCAUGGGCACCGUUGCGAACAUCACCAUCACCACAAGCAUGAGGAGAAGAAGCACGACAUCGACGAUACAUCUCUCGAGUUCCACAACAAGAUGAACGCCUCCAUUGUAGUCCCGCACUUCAGCAUCGAAGGUGUAAAGCGCUUUCUCACUGAAGCAGGCUUUAUUGAUAUUGAUGUGACGACCAUGAAGGAGAGGGUGUACAUGAUGUUUGAAGGAAAGAAGAUUUGGCGUACAAUCUUGUUUGCGAAGGGUAGGAAACCAGUGGAAGGAAAGAGUGAGCUGUAG